AUGAAGUCAGCUCUACAGUUUGGUUUCCUCUUAGUUUUUCUGUCUUUUCAAGUGGGAAAAGGAUUUGAUAUCUCCAAAGAGGUUAAUUCCAAGGAGUAUCACUCUUGUCCAAAUGGUUUCUACUUUAAUGAUACACUCCAAAUCUGCGUCUCUACGGAUAUUUAUAGCUGUACCGACUACAGUUCUAGUAAAUGUCCCACAAAUACAGAUCUGGAUGAGUUUUGCGUGUGCCAGAACAAAUAUCUUGGGAUCUUGAAAUGUCCCAAAGGAGCCUACUUCGAUGCCGAUCUAUUGGCUUGUAUAUUAGUAACAGUGGAGCAGUGCCAGAGGGAUUAUGACGCAUUUGUGUGUCCCUAUAACACUGCAAAAGAUAUCUUUUGCUACUGCCAGGAUGGAAAAUUGUAUCAGCAUUACUGUCAAACUGGAACUAUCUUUGAUGACAAACUUGGAACUUGUAUUGAUGACGAUGAUAUUCCCGAAUCAGAACCUUCUUCUAAAAAAUGUCAGAGAUCUGGGUUGUUUGGGGAUCCUUCGGACUGCGCAGGAUACUAUACUUGCCAAGAUAAGGGCAGUGAUAUUAAGUAUUGCAAAUGCUCUGCAGGAACCAUCUUCAGUUUGACUUCUUUUAGCUGCGUUGCAGGAACUUGUUAA